AUGGGUAGUAUAAAAAUGUUUUUGACUGGCCUUCAGGUUUGCAUUGGAGCUCAGCUACCAACCAGCAUCUCGGGUGUGGAUGGUGAAGUUGUUUAUAUAGACACUGAGGGAAGCUUCUCAGCUCAAAGGCUGAAAGAAGUUGCUGUGCAUGCCAUCCAGCACUUGAAAACAGCAAAUUUGCUUGACAGUGAUACAGUUACCUUUACAGCUGAGUCAGUUUUGAGUCAUGUCCAUUAUUUUAGGUGCCACUCCUUGUUUGAAGUUAUGGCAACCAUUAAGCAUGUUCCAGUCCUUCAGGGAGAGAAUCAGAGGAUCAAACUCAUUAUUGUUGAUUCUAUAGCAAUACCUGUAGUACAGGAUUAUCUUGACCAUAGAGUGCAUCGACAGCUUCAGUGUCAUGCAGCACAAGAACUUGCAGGCCUUGCAAUCACCUAUGGUUUAGCAGUGCUUUUUGUCAACCAUUUGACUGAAGACAAAGGGUAUGGUACUGCAGAAUCCUAUGAGCCCAAGAAUUAUGCAUCAAAGCUGUUACUAUCAAAUGAGUUGGAGAGCAAUAUGACAGAAAAUUCACUGGAAAAUCCACUGAGGCAUGGAGUCAUUAUUUUGAUAUAA